CACGUGAGCGCCGCCUCCGCCGCCCCCGCCGCCCCUGCCGCCCUGCCUUUGCUUCCUACUCUAAACUGGGCUGCAGGAGGAUGGAGGAGGAGGAGGAGGAGGCGCGGACGCUGCUUGAAAGAUCCCCUGAGGCGGAUGGCGCGGCCCAGGGCGCCCCGCGCGCUCUGCCCACGCUCUGCGACCCCCGCCGCCUGGCGCACCGGCUCGUGGUGCUGUUGCUGAUGUGCUUCCUUGGCUUCGGGAGCUAUUUUUGCUAUGACAAUCCUUCUGCCCUUCAGACUCAGGUUAAACGGGACAUGAAAGUGAAUACUACGAAAUUCAUGCUGCUGUAUGCCUGGUAUUCUUGGCCCAAUGUAGUUUUGUGUUUCUUGGGUGGCUUUUUGAUAGACCGAAUAUUUGGAAUACGAUGGGGCACAGUUAUUUUCAGCUGCAUUGUUUGCCUUGGACAGAUUAUUUUUGCUCUGGGUGGAAUACUUAAUGCUUUUUGGCUGAUGGAGCUUGGGAGGUUUGUGUUUGGGAUUGGUGGAGAGUCCUUAGCAGUUGCCCAGAAUGCAUAUGCCGUGAGUUGGUUUAAAGGCAAAGAGCUAAACCUGGUGUUUGGGCUUCAGCUCAGCAUGUCCAGAAUUGGAAGCACAGUGAAUAUGAACCUCAUGGGAUGGCUGUACGGGAAGAUCGAGGCCUCACUGGGGGCAGCUGGCCACACGACCCUGGGAGUGACACUUAUGAUUGGGGGUAUAACGUGCAUUGUUUCACUAAUCUGUGCCUUGGCCCUUGCUUACUUGGAUCAGAGAGCAGAGAAAAUCCUUCAUAAAGAACAAGGAAAAACAGGUGAAGUCAUUAAAUUGAGCGAUAUAAAGGACUUCUCCUUAUCGCUGUGGCUGGUCUUCAUCAUCUGUGUCUGCUACUAUGUAGCGAUAUUCCCUUUCAUUGGACUGGGCAAAGUUUUCUUCAUAGAGAAAUUCGGGUUUUCUUCCCAGUCAGCAAGUGCAAUUAACAGUGUUGUGUAUGUCAUAUCAGCUCCCAUGUCCCCGGUGUUUGGACUCUUGGUGGAUAAAACCGGGAAGAACAUUAUCUGGGUUCUGUGUGCAGUUGCUGCCACCCUCGUGUCCCACAUGAUGCUGGCCUUCACCUUCUGGAACCCAUGGAUCGCUAUGUGUCUCCUGGGCCUCUCCUACUCAUUGCUUGCUUGUGCCUUGUGGCCAGUGGUGGCGUUUCUAGUUCCUGAGCACCAGCUGGGGACUGCAUAUGGAUUCAUGCAGUCUAUUCAGAAUUUCGGGCUGGCCGUCAUUGCCAUCCUUGCUGGCAUGAUCCUGGACACGCGGGGAUACCUGCUUUUGGAGGUUUUCUUCAUUGCCUGCGUUUCUUUGUCACUUUUAGCUGUGGUCUUUCUGUAUUUGGUGAAUCGUGCCCGAGGUGGGAAUCUAAAUUAUUCUACAAAACAAAGGGAAGAAGAAAAACUUCGUCAAACCAAAUAAGACUCUGUGAUGACCGUUCUUGAAAAUGGGCAGCAUGCAGCACCGGUUGGAAACCUUCAUGAGGAUUUUUAUUUUUGAAAAAGUCAUUUAGAAAAAUAAUAGAGUGGAAAAUAUAUUUAUAUUUGAAUUGUACUAUCGCAGGAAAAAGAAAAACCCCACAAAGUAUGAGGGAGUGGAGGAAAAGGCUGCUACACACAGAAUAAAUGAUGACAUUUUAACAGGCA